GUUAAACACAGCUGUUUUUUUUAAUCUACUUCAGGAUUCAUGGAAACAACAUCUGAGUUUUGAGCCGAGCUGAUCGGUGAGGUUGUGGAUCCGCAGCGGGGGCUGGUGAGCUCGUGUCUGGGUCAUGUUGUGAAAAUGUCUCCUCCAGCAGCAGCAGCCCUGUUUUUAAACUUUAACCCCGGAGGCUCUGACGCACAGGCGGAGGAGACCUGGUGGCGGCUCCGCUCACAAACUUCAGGGGGAGCAUGAGGAGCAGCUCCGCGGGAGGAGUUCGUUUUGUGGAGGGGCUGCUCCGACCUGAACACCCCGAGAGUCUCCUUGAAUGAGGCGGCGUGUUCUCACCUCCUCCACCUCCUCCUCCACCUCCACCAGGCUGCAGGAAGAGGCUCCGAGGUCCCACCGGCGGAGGGGGACUCGGCGGAGCGACUCCAGACUUCCGCGCUGGAAGUAGGACAGUGGAGCGGACAGGCCCGCAGCUCGGGCCGCCUGCAGGGACGCGACCCGCUGCUCCUCCAGCGGGGGGAACAACCAGUGAGGAGCUCCAGCCUCCUUCCGUGACUCCAGACAAAGUUGAGAAAAGAAGCCCAGAGUUUAUGGCCACUUGAGUGCGCAAUUACGCACGCCUACGUAGCCUGCACACGCGCUCCCUUUGUUGUGGAGCGGACUCUCAGCUGAAAGUGACAUUCUGCCUCCAGCUGUGGUUGAUCCAGCUGUUGUCCAGGUGGGUGUAUGAGGAUGGUGGAGAGCCGCAGCUGUGUCCAGAGGGAGGGGGUGUACCGCUGGUUCUCCUCCCUCACCUCAGCCCAGAGAGCCGAGUUCCUGUGCGGGCUGCUGGACCUCUGCGUGCCCAUCGAGCUGCGCUUCCUCGGCUCCUGCCUGGAGGACCUGGCCCGCAAGGACUACCACUCGCUCCGGGACGCGGAGAUCCGGGCCAACAACCCCGCGGACCUGUCGGGCCUCACCAACAUCACCGACGAGGUGGUGCGCAGCAAACUGCUCGUGUCCCUCGCCCUGCUCGGCUCGGACAACCGGGAGGCGGCGGGGGUCCUGUACCGGACCCUGACCCACACGGACACGGUGAUUAAUAACUAUGGGCUGGCGCUGAACGACGGGAGGACGGAGGAGCAGUUUCUGCUUCUGUUCACCAUGGCCUCCAACCACCCGGCCUUCAGCUUCCACCAGAAGCAGGUGCUGAGGCAGCAGCUCAGCCAGAUCCAGGACAUCCUGCAGGUGAGCAGUGGAGGUUCAGCAGAGGCUCCAGCAGUGGCGCCUGUCGGGGAACGAGCGGCUGCUGGUCAUCACCAUCAGCCACUUCACCACUACCCCCCUCCCAGCACGUCCCUGCCUCUGGCCUCGCUGGCCCCCGCGGUGCGCUCCCUGCCUGACGCCAGCGCCACCUACCUGCCGCCGCCUGCCUGCCGACCCGGCCUCAUGCACUGCACCUGCGGGAACAGGAGCCAGAGCAGAGAGGCCGGCACCGCGUCAGGGUCAGGGGUCACCGUGGGACCAGGAGACCAAGCAGUCGACCUCAGCCCUCCUGUCCCAGACCUCCCUCCUCCUCCUCCUCCUCCACCUCCUCCUCCACCUCCACCUCCACCUCCACCAUCUCCUCCUCCUCCUCCUCCUCAUCCCCCCCCCUCUCUACCUGAUGGACAAGGCCUGGACGCAGCAGCAGCAAAGACCCACCAGGCGAAACCAGGAAAAGUGGUGAUCGAGAGGCUGGUGCUGAGAGGAGUGACGCACACGCCUGAAGACACCAGGGAAUAUGUGUUUGAGGUGAGCUGGUCAGAUGGUUUUGUGUUGUCCGUUGUCCGAACUCAUCAGGAGGUGACGGAGCUGUUGUCCCAGCUGUCUCAGGCGUUUCCUGAUGAAGGAGUGGAGAAGCUCCUCCUUCAGAGCACAGAGCCUGAUCCCAGGUGUCUGACAGCGCUGCCCGGCCACGUGCUCCAGCACCACAGCGUCCAGCUGUUCUUCACCUCCACCAGGCCUCUCUCACCCAAGUGUCCUUCCUCCCUCUCUUCCUCCUCCCCCCCUUCACCCUCCUCCCCUAUCACGGCUCCCGUGGCCCCGACCUGCCCGUUCACCUCCAGCUCCAAUCUGGGCUGUGCCCUUCAGUACCGAGGAGCUAACAGGGCGGUGUACCGAGUGGCCAGCGUCCAGCCCGUGGUCAGCAGCCACAGCUCCGUCCUGACCCGCUCCGCUCCCCACCUCUCCUCCCUGCCACCUCCUCUCCCUCCCUCCAUUCCUCCUCCCCAGCUGUCCUCCCUCUCUCCCGCUCUGCCGCCGCUGCCCUGCCAGCGCUCCAUGGCGUGCGGCGGCGGCGAUAACUCCCCCCAACACAGUCAGUCGCACUCCUUCCCUCAACACUCCCCACACCACCUCCUCCCCCAAACUGGUGCUCAGUCCCUCCACCAGCCGGCGUCCCUCUCACAUUCCCUGUCCCUUCCGUACUCGCCGUCCCGUUCCCUGUCCCACGCCCAGCCGCCGCAGCCGCCGCCGCCACAGCCCGGCACCGCGGAGCAGAACGGCAUCCUGGACUGGCUCCGCAAGCUGCGGCUCCAUAAGUACUACCCCGUGUUCAAACAGCUCACCAUGGAGGAGUUCUUGGCGCUGACAGAGGAGGAUUUGAACAAGUACGACUUGACCCAGGGAGCGAAGAAGAAACUCAAGACGCAGCUGGAGCUUCAAAACAGGGAAAUGAAAAUGGAGAAGCGCUCCUGCAGCGGCAUUGCCAGGGUGACGCCCUCCAGUCACAUGGGACCCUCAACACACAUCUCCACCUCAGGAGAGCUCCGUGUGGAGGUGGACGCUGCGUCUCACCACCCCCCCGUCUCCACGGACAGCAGCUCCUCCUCGGGCUACUCCAGCUCCUCCUGCUCCCCCCGGACGCCGCACUGCUGCGACUCCUCCUUCGACAGGAGCAGGGACAUUCACCGGCGAGUGUCGGGUCCAGACGGCGGGGGGGGAGUCCCGGAGAAGGACCGGUCCUGCCUCUUCCUCCUGAGCUCCAGCUGUCCCUCGGGCUCCAGUCGUCCCACGGCCCAGGUCCUUCCCGUCCAGACUGAUCCAGCUCCUCCGCACCCUCCCUCCUGCUCCCCCCACCUCCCCUUCGGCCUCCCACAGUCUCCCUACCACCCGCAGGCCAGCUACCCGCAGACCCUCCUCUGCCCGGUCUCAAACACGGCACGUAUCCUGACCUCCCCACGCAAGCCCCGGCCCCCCCCGCUGUGCACGGAGGACCGGAUGAAGCCGCCGGGCUCGGGUCUGCCAGCGGCGGCGGGGGGGUUCAGUCCAGGGCUCGGCGGGGGGGUGAGGCUGGAGAACCUGUUCCCCGGGCUGAACGUGGACGGCUCGUCUUCCCUCCAGGACGCGGCGGUCUGUCGCAGCCUGGGGGGGGGCGCCGUGGGGCUGAUGGUCGAAACCAGCUCCGCUCUGACCUCCACCUCCAACAGCCUCCACCACGUCUCCCACCCCCCUCUCCACUUCCACCUGUCAUCCUCCUCAUCCCCCUCUCCAUCUGGAUACUACUCCUAUUCUCCUUCCUCCUCUUCUUCCUCUUUCUCUUCUUACUCCACCUCCUCCUGUCCCUCCACAAAGACCGGCUCACUGUCUGGGAGUUUGGGUGGUGGCUUUGUUUCCAUGGCCAGCAGCAGUGUUCCUGUGGCCGCGGUACCCGGUAACACGUACUACCCGGCCCCGCCGACCUCCAGUCCCUCCCCUUCGCUGUCUUCCGCCUCCUCAUUGGAUCAGAACUCAGGCCACACCCCCUCAGUGUGCGUUUGCAGCUCCUGCGGCUGUCGGGGGAACUGCGGCGCCUACGGAGCGGUGCCCGGGUACCACGCGGCCGGCUACCUGCAGCCCUUCUCGGCCGGCCCCUCCCUCUUCACCCUGGGUCCUCUGCUCCACCUCAGCCCCCUGCUGGCCUCGCCCGGCGCCACCGGCUCCACGCCCUUCUCCUUCCCGAUGAUGAUGCCUCCGCCCCUCUACCGCCACAGCCCUGUGUCACAUGACCAGCAGCAGGGCUUUGGCUUCUACCAGCCCCAUGGCAUCAUGGGAAACGGAGGCCAGAAGCGGGCGGGGGGGAGCCUGUCGUGUUAUAACUGUGGUGCUAACGGACACAGAGCAGAGGACUGCAAACAGCCGCCCAUGGAUUCAGUGCAACAAGGGACAUUUCGUCUGAAGUACACCCCUCGCUCGGACAGUAAGGACUCGGGGGACUAACCAGCUGCUGGGAUCUGAACCAUCGUCCUCCCGACACAGCUGCACCUGGUGCUCCUGCUGAGGCAGAGAAAGAGGGACGUGCACUCAGACGGCCUGGGUCCACCAGCCUGUUCACAGACUGACAGCAGAGACCUCUUGUGUCCUCUUGAAUCCUGCUGCAGCAGAUAAGAGAGACGAGAGCGGGAUGGAGCCUUUGUGAUGGGAUUACUUCUCCUCCCUCCUCAGAUCUCCUCAGAUACAAAGGUCCCAAGGGGAGGUGGGAUUCAGAGACUGAACUCUGACUCAUCCACAGAGGAAACAGACACGUUACCUGUAGCGAGGCUUCAUCCAGAGAGAGUCUCCGAUGGAUCACUGAGCUCAGAUUCACAAACCAAAGGCUCAGCGCUGCAGCUUCCUGGUGACGUCCUGCAAACAACUUGUUCUAAAUCACAAAACUCAGUUAAAAGGUUCCAUCUUCUAGUCCAGAGACAGACUGGAUACUGUGGGAAUCUACCAGUGACGUGCCUCUGGUACGACUCAGCUUAAAACCUGGAUUCUUCUGUUCGUCGUUUGAUUCCCCUGAAGUAUUCAUGGCCCUUCAGAGCGUUGUCAAACUGCCACACUACACACUAAUUAUAUGAUAUGAUGUAUUCUACUUUCACCCGUUAUAUGAGAAGUCAAUAUAGAUAACUGUUUUAAAUGGUAAAUGGUUUGUAUUUAUAUAGAUCUUGAUUAGUCUUGAUCACCACUCAAAGUGCUUUACAGUACAGUUUAUUGCCUUUCACACAUUCACACACACAUUCACACACACAUUCAUAUUGUGCAUCUAUGGGCAGCACCUUAUCUAUGAGAGGUCAGUGUCCCCCCCCUCGGCCACAGUAAACAGUAGGUGGUGCAAAGCAUGCAUAGACGAUCAAACUGCCACUUUAAACUGCACUGUCCAUUUCACUUGAUAGAAGCAGCUAAAUGUUUUUAUUAAUUUGAAUUUUCAGCAGGUUAUCUACAGCAUCAAAGAAAAAUGAAUUCCUAAAUUAACAGUGAUUCCAAAGAUGUCGCUAUCAAACCCUUCUGACACAGAAAUGUUACAUUGAGACAUGAUAUUUUACAGUUUAACAAAAAGCACACAAAAACAACUGAAUAUCUAGAACUAGAAGCAAGAAAAUAAACAUUUUUAUGUCAAAUAUGAAACCAAAUAGUUUCUGCAUCGUUUACAUAUCGCAGACACAGACUCAGAUAUCUGUCCAGGGACACAGUGUAAACGUCCGGGUGGAAGCUGAGGAUCUCAGAGCUGCACCUACUCGUCCAGGUUUCUCCUUCAGCUGAAGCGAUCACGUGUGGACGAUCUUCUCUUCGCUACCUCUCCUAUCGGCAGCAGCAUCUCCAGUUUACACCAGUGUGCCUGUUGCCUUUCAAGAUGGAGAGAAACAUUUCAAAAGUGACAAUUCCUCUUCCAGCUGAGCUGACGUGCAUCCUCGACUCGUUCUCUCGCUCCAGACGUGAUGGAGCUGCGUCUUUUUGUAAUUAAUUUGUACAGUUGUUUGUGUCGGAUUAAAACCAGGUUGUUUAUUCAAAAGGUCUCACAGCGAGUUGGAGUGUGGGGCUGUGAGUGAGCUGCUGGGCAGGACCCGGAGCUCUACAGACACGAGGACAGCCGGUCCUUCAGAUGACACUGAAUCCGUUUCCCUGGACGUUUAUUUAAAAGAGUAAAAAAGUGAACAAUCGGUUUGUGUUACUUGGACAAUGUUCUUUUUGUGUUGUGUCGUCCGGUUCUGAUUAAGAAUGAACUGUUACGUCUAUUUAAAUUUCAACUGUGUUUGUCAUUACUCCCAAAGAAAAAGAGAAAAGUGCCUUAAACUUUAAUAUUGUUACUUUUUGUACCAAAGAAAAACUUUUUUACAAAUUCUCCACUUCUCAGUCAAACUGCAGCGAGUUGCUUCAUCUGCAGUAAAACGUGCUUUUGAAAUGUUUGUGCCAAGUUUCUAAAAAUCAUGUUCGUUUGUUGGACAGAUUUUCUUUUUUUGUUUUGUGUGUUUUACAACUUUUUCUGAAGUUUGAGGAAAAAAAACAUUUGAAUAAUAAAAAGAUGCCAGUUUCUGCCUUGAA